AUGUCUCUAAACUUUAAUAAUAAUAAUAAUGCUAAUAUUAAUAGUUGUAUAAAUUUUAAUAUAUUUAAUGAUUUUGAAAAUAAUAAUGAAGAAGAAUCAAAUUAUAAAAAUGAUAAGAAAUCAACAACAAAUAGUAAUAGUAAAAUAAUGAUAUCACCAUUACUACUAUCGAGUAAAUCACCAAAUAUCAAUUGGUCAAGUACCAAUAAAUCAUCGAAAAAACUGUUGCAACAACAAACGAAACAAAAAAAAUCAAAUCCCUUCAUUGGACCAAAGUCUACCGGCAAGAUUCAUUUCCCAGAAUUUCCAGUUUCAUGGACUGUUGUUCCGCCACCACAAACACACUCACAGGCAUCCAAAGAUGGAUCUUCUUCUUCCUCUUCGAGACCAUGCAGCAACAACUUGAAUCCAAAGAAUAUAUUUAAUUUCUCAAAGCUAAAUGAAAGUGCUGCCACCACCACCACCACUUCUACAUCGAUGUUGAUGUCGCCAUCCAUCAGCUUGAUGCCACCCACUACCAGUAGCACUGCCACACCCUCACAACAACUGAAUACCAGUGCCAUGAAUAUCUCGAUGAACAGUUGCUAUAGCACAGGAACCGGUUACAGUAGUUUUAUGCAGUCUCCACCGAGUACACCAUCGCUCUAUAUGGCAUCUGCCACUCCGGUCUCUGGCAAUGCAGUGGGAUAUGGCCGAUUGGAAUGGUCGAUUGAUACACUCUCCACACUCCUACCUGUAAAUAUUACCAUUGACGAGACCACCGCCGAUUGUGACCAAAAUGACACUUCACUUGCUGGCGGUGACGACAACAACACAUCACAACUGAUCUCCUCACUUCAAAAGUGGAAACAAGAAGAUGAAUUGAUAGCUAACCAAUUCUUUGAGAAACCAUCUCCAUAUGAAACUGUAUCAUCAUCAUCAUCUUCAAUUAUUUGCCAAAAGAGAAAGUUAACUGAUAGUUUUAUUGAUUCCGACGCUGAUGUCUCUGGAAUUUCUAUUGUAGAGGAGUGUGAUCAUCUAGUAAAUCAAUUAACAAUUUCAAAUAAUAAUAAUUAUAGUAGUAAAAUAACAUCAACAGCAACACAAAGAUCAAGUUAUGGUAAAUAUAUUAUAAAAAGAAUACCAGUAGAUAUACAACCUCAGCAAACACAACAAACACAACAACAAACACAACAACAACAAAUCUGUACAUUAUUAGAUGAUGACUUAUUCCUUACACCAAUAGUACCAAAUAGAAAAUUAACAUCAUUAACUCCUCAAACACCUUUAAUUUUAAAUAAUAAUAAUAAUAAUAAUAAUAGUAAUAAUAAUAAUAAUAAUAAUAACAAUAAUAACAAUAAUAAUAAUAAUAGUAUAGUAUCACCAUUUUUAAUACCAUCAACACCAACCAAUGAUAUAUCUAAUAUAUCAAGUAUAUCAUUGCCAACGACACCGACAUCCACCACAACCAAUAACAACAAAUACAAGUUUAAGCAACCGAAUAUGCCAGUGAUACCAUUAUCGUUACCAGAGAUAUCACCAAUCAAAUGUAAGCAGCCUGCAACCGAUCGAUAUUUAAGUUCACCACCGACCUCUCCAAUGAAGUGUUGGUCCACUCUAUAUAACGUCGAUUAUGAUAUAUAA